AUGGCUUCAGUCGUUCCUCCCGGACCUUCCAGGCCCAUAGUAGGUCACGUGGGCUCCCCCUGCAACGACUCCACUCCUUGCCUGGGCGAGGCCGGCUGCGUGGAGGGCGUCUGCCGCUGCCAUGGCACUGGGUGGCGCGCAGUGAACGGCGUCUGCGUCUAUUCCACCACGCCGGCGACGAAGACGCCACGGUCAUCGAGGAGCUCACCAUCUUCCAGGGGUUCAAGCGCGAAGACUCUCCCAUCGACGGUGCGGUUCUCGCUCCUGCGUACCGUACGUCUAGGCACCACUCCGACUAAUACCAAGGCUGUGGCUGCGUCCGUGAUCACAGAAGACGGCGUCGGACUGAACACCUCGGAGCCGGACGGGAGUGCCCGAAAUGGGGAGGACUCGCGUGGCACCAUGGCGCCGAAUGUCACUGCCCAAGGGGAGGAGGAGAAGGCGGUGCAGAAGCGUGAAGCCCGAGCGGAAUAGACAUUUGCCCGGGACAGUUAGAUUCGGCAACUUUUAACGCGCGCGAAUUUGUGACCGCCAAAGCGUUGUAGAAUUUCAGUUGUGUAGCAUAUUCGCAAGUCUUUCUUUUUUUUUUUUUGUAACUGGAUCAAAGAUCUGUUUCUGUCGCAGGUCUUGAUUCAGUUUCUGUCGCAGGUCUCGGAAUAAAGAUUAAUUCUGUCGAAA